AUGGCUGUGACCCAGGCCUCUGCUCCCCAAUGGGUGUGGCAGCCCAGAGCCAUGGCUCUCGUGAGUUGUUUAUGUGGCGCUUGAGGCUACAAGUCCAAGUAUCUUCAGCUCAAGAAGCAGUUAGAAGAUGAGAUCUCCCUCUCCCCCGGGGCUUUGGAUAUCUGCAGCAAGAGAACUCCCCAGGCCACUGGGUUCUUUGAAGUAAUGGUAGCCGGGAAGUUGAUUCACUCUAAGAAGGAAGAUGAUGGCUACGUGGACACAGAAAACACGUGUCUGAAGCUGGUGGCCGCCAUCAAAGCCGCCUUGACUCAGGGCUAAUGUGCCCUGAAGGCAG